AUGCAAGUGGAUCGACGAAAAGCGGCCACCAUGCGUGAACGACGUCGUCUGCGCAAAGUGAACGAGGCGUUCGAGACGCUGAAACGUCGCACAUGUGCCAAUCCAAAUCAACGUAUGCCCAAAGUGGAGAUUCUACGAAAUGCGAUUGAUUAUAUCGAAAAUUUGGAAGAAAUGUUACAGCAUAACGGUGUGUUACCGAUUGGUGGAUUGUCUUCUCCAUUCACUGCAGCUUUACCCACCGGGAAUGUGACCAAAGACGGUGUCACAUAUUAUGCCGGCAAUGAGAACCGACUGAGUGCACGUCUUCCACCUGCACCGACUGGAACCCCAUCUGGUUCGUUGGUUGUGGGUGUGGUCUCAGCUACGACGACNGACGACGACUACUACUACUACGACUACGCAACCGCCUGUCCACACGACAACACCAAUUCCCAACACCACCACCCCUGCAGUAGCAUCCACCGUCCCCUCCGCGGAUGCCAACCAAUCCCGUCAGAAUGUGAAAUCCAAAAUUGGGUCCCUAAAAACCGGUCGAAACUCAAAGUCCGAACUGACUAA